UCGGACACUCUUCUCCCAGCUGUUCCUAGUUUUCCGUAUUCUAUAUCUGGCAGCUCGGCUUUUCGAUCCGUGCGAGACCUUCAUGGUGUUCCCAGAGUUCCAGCGUUUUCUCCUGUGUCUGAUUAUUGGUGUUCUGACUUCUGCUACCUGUACCGACGCCGAUCGCCCGACCCCUGCCUGGAGACCCGACCUUGCUCUACGCCUCUGCCCUCUUCUGUACCAACUCCGAUCGCCCGAGCCCAGCCUUAAAUAAACGGAAAUACCUGAAGCAGAUUCGCGUCACUGUCUGUCUUCUUGUCCUCACAACACAGACAGGAAGAAAGAGAUCAUUCUCUGCCUUGAACUGCUUUGGAUUAUUGCACAUCAGCUUUCAGUUAUUGUUCUGCUUUUCUCACCGUUUUCACACUUCGCAUCCUGUAAUGCUGCAGCCCAACUCCUCUGUUUCCAACUGCACCUCCUGGAUCCAUGGACCUCCGUCUCAGACAUUGGCUCCCAGUGUGGUUCUGGCCUUGUGCUUUUUUAUCGGUGUCCCGGGAAACAUUGUGGUGAUCAUGGUGAUACUUCGCAAUUUCAAGAAGGGAAUCUUUACCGUGAGACUGAUGCUGAACCUGGCCGUGUCUGACUUCCUUUGCCUUGUCAGUCUCCCAGUGUGGGUGUAUGCUAUUGUACAUGGUUGGACUCUUGGUACUGAACUCUGUAAGUUUUUCUCCUAUUUUGUCUACUGCAGUCAAUUUGUUAGUGUGUGGACAGUCACCCUGAUGAGCGUACAGCGUUAUAUACAGAUUCUGUACUCCAAGGACAGAAUCUGGCUGAGACUGCGUGGGACUGUGGAGAGGGUGCUGCUGGUCAGUCUGUGGAUUGUGGGUGGGGCCCUUGCUUCUCCUGCCAUCUUCUACAGUGAUGCCGUGUGUCGGAGAGAUCGGCUGAGGUGCCAGAAGACAACCAGCUCGGAUGCUGAGAAAGUGGUGGUCCUUCUGCUGGAGACUCUCUUUGGUUUCCUUGUCCCCUUUUUCAUCAUUGUCGUAUUCUAUCUCCGUCUUCACAAGAAAUUAAAUCAGCACCCUUUAUUUCAUAAUGAAAGGACCACUAAGCUUGUUUCCAGGAUUAUUGCGGCAUUCUUCAUCUUCUGGAUCCCUUUGCAUAUCAUCAAUAUGGUGGACAUUGCAUCAGUUUUACUCAGAACAUCUAACCCAGGUGCAUAUAAUAGCUUAAAGAAAUUCAGAAGGAUAAGCGGAGACUUUUCAAAAGCUCUGAUUUUCAUCAACUGCUGUGUCAACCCCUUCCUGUACACCUUUGCCUCCCGAAAUCUUCGCCGAGAUUUCGGUCAGUCUGGGUCGGCGUAGAACGUCUGCAUCUGCAGUGUUCAUUGUACAAAAUUUUAUACGAUCUUUUAUUGUAAAUGUUUAUUGCUUUUAUUAUUUUUUUUUAUGGCUAAUGAAGCCAAUUCUGUCAUGAUUAAAUACCAUGCUACCACAAAGACAAAGCCUUUGCAUUUCCUUUGCAUUUUAAUUAACUGAAAAUGUAUGUUUAAGAUGUAAUUUUCAUCAUGGACAUUUUUCUGUUUCUGUUCAUUCCCUUUUUCGCUGGUACUCGUGUGAUUUACUUCUUCACGCCCAUUUUGUUUUUUUUAUACUAUGAAACUGGUUUGAGGAAAUGGGAAGAACUUUUAAAAUACUACAUCAAGUAAAGAAAUACUUUAGACUCCUGUCUGAUGUCCCCCAGAAGCUCACAGUAGACUCUGAGCACAGUCUGCUGUAUAUUUUCUCUUUAA